AUGUCCAGCAGAAACAACAACAAACUGCCCAGCAACCUGCCGCAGUUGCAGAACCUGAUCAAGCGGGACCCGCCGGCCUACGUGGAGGAGUUUCUACAGCAGUAUAAUCACUACAAAUCCAAUGUGGAGAUUUUCAGAUUACAACCAAAUAAACCCAGCAAAGAACUGGCAGAGCUGGUGAUGUUUAUGGCACAGAUUGGUCACUGCUACCCAGAACAUUUAAGUAACUUUCCUCAAGAGUUGAAAGAUCUUCUCUCCUACAAUCACACUGUCUUGGAUCCAGAUCUUCGAAUGACAUUUUGCAAAGCUUUGAUCUUGCUGAGAAAUAAGAAUCUCAUCAAUCCAUCAAGUUUACUAGAACUCUUCUUUGAACUUCUGCGUUGCCAUGAUAAGCUUCUGCGAAAGACUUUAUACACGCACAUUGUGACUGAUAUCAAGAAUAUAAAUGCAAAACAUAAGAACAAUAAAGUGAAUGUAGUGUUGCAAAAUUUCAUGUACACCAUGCUAAGAGACAGCAAUGCUACUGCAGCUAAGAUAUCCUUGGAUGUGAUGAUUGAACUCUAUAGAAGAAACAUCUGGAAUGAUGCCAAAACUGUUAACGUGAUAACAACUGCGUGUUUCUCUAAGGUCACCAAGAUAUUAGUUGCUGCUUUAACAUUCUUCCUUGGGAAAGAUGAAGAGGAAAAACAGGACAGUGAUUCAGAAUCAGAGGAUGAAGGACCAACAGCAAGAGACCUGCUAGUGCAAUAUGCCACAGGGAAGAAAAGCUCUAAAAACAAGAAAAAGUUGGAAAAGGCUAUGAAAGUGCUCAAGAAACAAAAGAAGAAGAAGAAACCAGAGGUGUUUAAUUUUUCAGCUAUUCACUUGAUUCAUGAUCCUCAAGAUUUUGCAGAAAAACUACUAAAGCAGCUAGAGAGCUCUAAGGAGAGGUUUGAAGUGAAGAUGAUGCUCAUGAAUCUCAUUUCCAGAUUGGUGGGAAUUCACGAGCUUUUUCUUUUCAACUUCUAUCCCUUUGUGCAAAGGUUUCUGCAGCCCCACCAAAGAGAAGUAACAAAGAUUCUUCUGUUUGCUGCACAAGCAUCUCAUCACCUAGUACCCCCAGAGAUCAUUCAAUCCUUGCUCAUGACUGUGGCCAACAAUUUUGUUACCGACAAGAACUCUGGGGAAGUCAUGACAGUAGGAAUUAAUGCAAUAAAGGAGAUAACAGCUCGAUGUCCUUUAGCCAUGACUGAAGAACUUCUCCAAGACUUGGCUCAGUAUAAAACACACAAAGAUAAGAAUGUAAUGAUGUCUGCUAGAACUUUGAUUCAACUCUUCCGAACACUGAAUCCUCAGAUGUUACAGAAGAAAUUCCGGGGUAAACCUACAGAGGCCUCCGUAGAAGCAAGAGUACAAGAAUAUGGAGAAUUAGAUGCUAAAGAUUACAUCCCAGGAGCAGAAAUUCUAGAAAUUGAAAAAGGAGAAGAGAAUGUGGAAAACGAUGAAGAUGGGUGGGAAAGUGCCAGUCUCAGUGAGGAGUCAGAUGGCGACGGGGAGUGGGUUGACGUGCACCACUCCUCUGAUGAAGAACAGCAAGAAAUCGCUAAGAAGCUGAGCAGCAUGCCUGCAGACGAGCGGAAAGCCAAGGCUGCUGCCGUCAGCACCAGCCGAGUUUUAACUCAGGAAGACUUCCAGAAAAUCCGCCUGGCCCAGAUGAGGAAGGAACUCGACGCUGCCCCGGGGAAAGCCCAGAAGAGGAAAUAUAUCGAAAUAGACAGUGAUGAAGAUUCCAGGGGCGAGUUGCUUUCUCUUCGGGACAUUGAACGCCUUCAUAAAAAGCCAAAGUCUGACAAGGAGACAAGACUAGCAACUGCAAUGGCUGGAAAGACAGACCGGAAAGAAUUUAUAAGGAAGAAAACCAAAAUGAAUCCAUUUUCCAGUUCCACAAAUAAAGAGAAGAAAAAACAGAAGAACUUCAUGAUGAUGCGGUAUAGCGGUAAUGUCCGCUCAAAAAAUAAGCGUUCCUUCCGAGAAAAGCAGUUGGCACUACGAGAUGCGCUUUUGAAAAAGAGAAAAAGAAUGAAGUAA